AUGGACGACUUUGAGAAGGCCAUUCUGCUGACCUUUGACCAGAGCGGCGGCGUGGAUGGCGGGGUGCGGGCGGCAGCGGAGGCGUACCUGGCGCAGGUCAAGGCCUCCCCCGACAGCUGGCAGCUGUGCCUGGCACGCUUCGACAGCAGCCAGUACGUGGAGGUGCGGUUCUGGUGCGCGCAGGCGCUGAGCCAGCUGGCGCGGGGCGGCUACCGCGCGCUGCCCCCCGACGCGCGCGCCGCGCUCAAGCGCGCCCUCAUCCAGCACGGCGCCUCGCCCGCCUCUGCCGCGCUGCCCGCCUUUCUGAAAAACAAGGUGGCGCAGGCCAUUGUGGCCAUCGCGGGGCAGGAGUACCCGGAUGAGUGGCCCUCCUUCUUCCAGGACCUGCUGGGCACGCUGGGCCAGGGGCCCGCCGCCGUCGACCUCUUCUGCAGGAUCCUGUCCUCCGUGGACCAGGACAUCAUCAGCCUGGACGUGCCUCGCUCAGCGGAGGAGGCCAAGCGCUCGAUGCACUUCAAGGACAGCAUGCGGGAGCGGGCGCUGGGCGACAUCGCCGCCGCCUGGUGCUCCGUGGUGGCCGCCUGCCACGCCGCCGCGCCAGACACGGCGGCCGCGGUGCUGGAGACGGUGCAGCGCUAUGUGCACUGGAUAGACAUCGGCCUGGUGGCCAACGACACGUUCGUGCCGCUGCUGUUCCGCGUGCUGGGGGCGCCGCAGGAGGCGCUGCGCGGCGCCGCCGCCGACGUGCUCACCGAGAUUGUCAGCAAGCGCAUGGAGGCCACGCCCAAGCUGGAGCUGAUCCAGCGGCUGGGGGUGGUGCCCGUGUGCGCGCGCUGGCAGGCGGGGCUGCCCGCUGUGGAUGAGGAGCCGGAGCUGGCGGCCAAGUAUGCGAGGCUGCUGGCUGCCCUGGCCACCGAGGUGCUGGAGGCGUGGAAGAAAGUGGAGAACAGCGUGGUCAGCAUGGCGGCGGUGGGGCUGGCCGUGGACUCAGAGGCGGCGGGGGAGGCGGCGGCGGCGUGCCGCGCAGCCGCCGCCCUGCUCGACGCCCUCUUCCCCGCCGUGCUGGCCGCGCUGCGGGCCGGCAGCGACGAGGUGGCGGCCGCGGUGGUUCCCUUUUUGCUGGCGUACGUGGCCCGGCUGCGCGCCGCGCACAAGCGUGCGCCCGGCGGCGUGCUGCCGGCCGACGCUGCCGCCCACCUGCCCGCCAUCCUCGACGCGCUGGCAGCCUGCGCGCGCUUCCCCGACCGCUCGGCGGCGUACGAGGUGGCCGCCGCCUCCGCCACAGAGAGGGUGGCGGCGGAGGAGGAGGAGAGCGCGAUGGCGGACCGCCGGCAGGACCUCUUCACCCUGUUCCGCAACACAGCGGCGCUGGCGCGGCCCCAGGGCUACGCCUUUGUGGGGGCCCGCCUGUCGGCCGCGCUGUCGUGCGCGGGGGGGCGGGGCGCCGCCGCGGGCGCGCCGCCCUGGCAGGAUGUGGAGGUGGCCGUCAGCCUGCUGUACCAGCUGGGGGAGGCGGCGCCAGAGACGGACAUGCGGCCCGGCAGCGGCGUGCUGGCGCAGCUGGCGGCGGGGGUCAUGCAGGCAAGCGGGGGGCGGCGGCGGAGGAACGCGGACGUGCCGGCUGCCAAGCACCGCCUGGUGGCGCUGGCGCUGCUGGAGACGUACGUGCGGUACAGCCGGGUGGCGGCGGCCGCGGGCGGCGCCCUGCUGGCCGCCGUCGCGCAGCGCUUCCUGGACGGCCACGGCAUGGGCCACCCGUGCGAGGCGGUGUCGCGCCGCGCCGCCUACCUGCUGUGCCGCCUGGCCAAGCAGCUGCGCGGCAGCCUCAGGCCGCUGCUGCCUGACAUCCUGCAGCGCAUCCAGCCGCACCUGGCAGCCAUCGCGGGCAGCCCCGCCCCCGAGGCGGCCGCCUCCGCGCGGUCGAGCGGCGUGGCGGGGGGGCGCGGCGCACUGGCGCUGGGCGCCAUCACCGCGGUGGACGACCGGCUGUAUGCGUUUGAGGCUGUGGGGCUGCUGGUGGGGCAGGAGGAGGAGAUGGCUCCCGCCUGCGUGGCGCGCGUGCACUCCCUGCUGCCCGCCGACUGGGACUGGUCCGGUGCCAGGGCCUCGCCCGCGGCGCUGCCCGCGCCCGGCGGUGGCGGCGCGGCAGCGGCGGCCUCCCAGUUUGGCAGCGGCGCCAGGCCGGCGGCGGUGGGCAGCGCUGAGGACCUGCGGGAGCGGGCGGAGCUGCAGCGCGCAUACUACGCCUUCCUGCACAGCCUGGCGCACAACGGGCUGGCGCCCGUGCUGCUGCGCGCGCCGCCGGGCAGCCUGGAUGCCGCGCUGGGGGCGCUGAUGCGCGGCGCCGCCACGCACGUGGAUGCAGGGGUGCGCAAGACGUGUGUGCAGGCGGUGGAGCAGCUGGUGAGGGAGUGGUGCGGCGCAGACGGCAGCGAGGCACUGCCGGGCUUCCGGGAGUUCGUGAUGAAGCAGUUUGGCGGCGAGGUGCUGCUGGAGGGGCUGGUCAGCAGCGGGGGCGUGGACAUACGCGACGCUGCCGCCAUCUCGCUGCUGACGGAGGUGGCCCAGAGCCUGCAGCUGGUGCACGCGCGGUGCGGCGAGCCCUACCUGGCCUACCUGGCCACCUCGCUGCUGCCGCGCAUGGGGUGGCCGCCCGAGGCGGCGCAGCAGCUGGUGGCGCACAUCACGGGCAGCGAGGUGCGCGCCCUGAAAGACUUCCUCAAGGUGGUGCUGCAGCAGGUGCGGGCGCAGCAGCAGCAGCAGCAACAGCAACAGCAACAACAGCAGCAACAGCAACAACAACAGCAGCAGCAACAACAGCAGCAGCAGCAGUAG